AUGUCAAGAAAUGAGGAUGAUGUCAAGAAUGAUUUUGAUAAUUAUUUGGGUGAUGAUUUUGAUUAUCAACCGAAUGCAGAAGAUGAUGCUGAAGACGAAGAUGUGGAUUCGCUAGAUUCUACUAGCAAGAGUGAAGAAGUUUAUGGUGUAAAAAGAAUAGCAGAUUUAAUGGUGGAGGAUAUUUGGAACCUGGAGUUUAGGACAGAGGAUGAAGCUUGCCAAUUUUAUAAUGCUUAUUCUUGUUGGCAUGGAUUUAUAAUGAGGAAGGACGACGUGGUUAGGAAUAAUCAAGGUAGAAUCAUUAGCAGGCAACUUGUUUGCAACAAAGAGGGCUGGAGGAAUAUGAGAUGGAAGGUAUCGUGUUUUGUGGAAUCUCACAACCACGAUCUGACGCCACCACAAUUUGCGCAUCUGGUUCCGGCCAAUCGUCGUCUCACUGUCACUGAUAAAGUCCAAGUGGAAAAUCUUCAUAAUUUUGGUGUCAAGACCUGUCAUAUUAUGGGUUAUAUUGCGUUCCAGAAGGGUGGAUAUCGUCAUGCUGGCUUCACACGCAAAGAUUUGUACAACCACAUUGAUCGUUAUCGUCGGUCAAAAGUUAAAAACGGGGAUGCCAAUGCGGCAAUAAACUAUUUGAUUGGCAAGUCAAACAACAAUCCGCUGUUCUUUGGAAAGUAUACGUUCACUAGUGACGAAAGACUCGAGCAUAUUUUUUGGGCAGAUGGGCAGUCAAUUAUCGACUAUCACUAUUUUGGAGAUAUUGUUGCCUUUGAUUCAACCUACAAGAAGAAUAAAUAA